CUAGUGCUGUGGUCGACUGCGGUUAGUCUAUGUGACAGUUGUAAGUUGUUGCUGUUUAUGAGAGUAGAGAAGAGAUGGAGUGGGCUGUAUAUACAUCGUUUCUCAUGUUAACAAUCAGUGCUGUAUAUUGCAUUCAAACACAGAGAAGGACGCGACGCCAUCAGUUUGAUGAUCUCUGGAUCAUUAACCACGUCGUUGAUGACCGCUACGGCAUCUCCUCCACUGCUGCGUGUGCUGUCAUAUGUGCGACAUCAUCCAGCUGUAGGUCAUUCACUUAUCACGAGGCGAAUCGACGCUGCCAACUGCAUUCCUGGGCCAACUUCUUUCCAGCAGCAACUGCAACUACGAUUCCCUACCCUGGGGCGGCAUACUUCGCUUCUUUAUUGGACUGUUCAGGUGCCAACAGGAUCUACAGCCCCAUAGAAGACAUAUGCAUUGAGGUCAUGACAACCACAAAAAGUUGGCAUAAUGCAGACAACACGUGUAAGAACCUGGGCGGUCAACUGGUAGUGGCGGACACUGAAGGAAAGUUCAACUUCAUUAAGACAACGCUGCAAGGUUCAGCUGUCUGGAGUAACACCAAUUACUGGAUCGGCCUGAGCGACGAGACUGUGGAGAACGGAGUAUUCAUCUGGUCAGAUGGGACGCGGGCAGGCUACACCAACUGGAUGCCUGGAGAGGGAGGGAGUUCAACAGAGUUCUGUGUCGAGAUGGUCCGGUCACAUGACUACAAGUGGAACGACAACCCUUGCUGGGCUCCGCUCAGAUUCAUCUGUGAAUACACACCUAAUAUAGUGUGAUUAUAUCAUUGGGGAACAUUCAGGAAGUUUUGAACUACCUAACUAACUUUAAUUGAAUAACCUUUUGAGAAAUAUCUAUUUUGUACAAUCCAGUUAUUUGUACUUAGUACAAUCAUCAAAAGUACGCUACUAUGGUAUAGAAUGUAACCCUGUGGCUUGGCAUUUCCCAAAACAUUCCUCCUAAUUUUUGUUUUACGGUUGUAAAUGGGUACCCGGAAGGAUGACAUUGUUGUGACUGUCAACCUCUUAAUGACUCAUUAGACAGAUUGGAUUGUAUACUAUGGAAUGGGAACUACCCGUGACGAUCAGGGUUAGAAUUGGUCUUUAGCAACCCGUCCACGUCGUAAGAGGUGACUUAGGGGAUCGGAUGGUCAGACUCGCUGACCGCCGUCAUGUAGCUUAAAUAUUGCUGAGUAUGUCGUUACAUGAUCAACAUGCCAACCCGAGGGAACCGUGAAUGAAAUUGAGAUCAACGCCGAUUCUUUGACCAAGGUUAUAAUGAAGAUAUUUGAGUAUGUAUCAUUCCAUUGUCCAUAUUUAUUUAUGUGGAUAGGAAAAAAAUAUUCAAUUAAUAUUUUUCAUCCUCUGACCAUGCUGUUUUGAAAACAACAAGAAAUGUCUGACCCAAAAAGGGCUUAUCUGAAAUGUAUUUCUGGAAAAUAAUGCAUUGCGCUGAAAGAACUUUACUUGAUUGA